GUGCAGGAGAACUCGCCGGCCCAGCAGGCCGGCCUGGAACCCUACUUCGACUUCAUCAUCACGAUCGGGCACUCAAGGCUGAACAAGGAGAACGACACCCUGAAGGCUCUGCUGAAGGCCAAUGUGGAGAAGCCAGUGAGGCUGGAGGUUUUCAACAUGAAGACCAUGAAGGUGCGAGAGGUGGAAGUGGUGCCCAGCAACAUGUGGGGCGGCCAGGGCCUGCUGGGGGCCAGCGUGCGCUUCUGCAGCUUCCGCAGGGCCAGCGAGCACGUGUGGCAUGUUUUGGACGUGGAGCCCUCUUCACCUGCUGCCUUGGCUGGCCUGUGCCCCUACACAGACUACGUAGUUGGCUCUGACCAGAUUCUCCAAGAGUCUGAAGACUUCUAUACACUCCUUCAGUCCCAUGAGGGGAAGCCCUUGAAGCUGAUGGUGUAUAAUUCUGAGUCCGACUCCUGCCGGGAGGUGACUGUGACUCCCAAUGCAGCCUGGGGUGGAGAGGGCAGUCUGGGGUGUGGUAUUGGUUAUGGGUAUCUACACCGGAUCCCAACGCAGCCCUCCAGCCACUACAAGAAGCCAGCUGGGGCCUCACCGUCUGGCACUCCACCAGCUAAUACUCCACAACUUAAUGCCUUGCCUCUUGGUGCCCCACCCCCUUGGCCUGUCCUUCAAGACUCUUCUGGCCCAGAGUUGGGUUCCAGGCACAGUGACUACAUGGAGGCCCUGCCACAGGUCCCUGUUGGCUUCGUGGAAGCACAGCUCCUUGGGUCUGGGAGCCCUAGCCAUGACGCUGCUGAUUGUGGGGGAUGUGCGCGCUCCAUGGAGAUCCCUCUACAGCCUCCACCCCCAGUGCAGCGGGUCAUGGACCCAGGCUUCCUGGAUGUGUCAGGUAUGUCUCUCCUGGACAGCAGCAAUACAAGUGUGUGCCCCAGCCUGUCACCCUCCACAGUGCUGACCUCCACAGCUCUCUCAGCCUUGGGACCAGAGGACAUUGGUUCCAGUAGCAGUUCUCAUGAGCGGGGUGGCGAAGCCACGUGGUCAGGGUCAGAGUUUGAGAUCUCUUUCCCGGACAGUCCAGGUGCCCAGGCCCAGGUGGGCCACCUGCCCCAGCUGACUCUCCCAGAUGGUCUCAUCUCUGCAUCCUCACCAGAAGACGGGCUGUCUGCAGAGUUGCUGGAAGCCCAGCUCGAGGAGCCAGCAGACACAGAGACUGAGGGGCCAGCCAGCCCAACUCAGGUCACCCCAGAACCACAGCCUGGGCUGUGAGAAGGCUCCUGGGACCUUGGUGUUACUCAGCUUGUGUCUGUGUAGCUCGUAGGCUGCAGCUCCUAGUGAGGCAUGGGCUUUGCUAGUCUUCCCCCCAGGGUCCAGCCUUCAUCCCAGUACAUGGUCCUGGACUGAAGGGACAGGGAAGCUGGGAGCAACAACAUGGCAGCUUCUGCUUCGAGACACAGGAUGGAAUCUAGGCUGCCUCAAUGAGGCACUGAAGCCUAGUGGGUAGGGAGGGGCCACAGGGCCGGAUAACGAUUGAGUGUGAAGAUGGGGUGAGGGACAAGAGAGGCUAUGUCUACCAGUAGCCCCACCUGUACUGAGGACCCCAAGUCCCAGUGUCCUUCCCCAUUCCAAACCUUGUGCUGGAGGAGAGAGUAUACUUGCCACUUUGUUCUCAAGUUGGAAAAUUCUAGGCCCUUCAUAGGGAUCCACCUGGGCUAGUCAUUCCCUGCCCCCCUCCCCCAAUCAGGCUCCACAUACAGACAACAGGCUUUGAGUGCACAAGGUUUCCAGCAAGGUCUGAUGGUAUAAACUUAGGCUCACCAUCAAAACCCCUUCUGCCUGUACUUCUUGGCUCUAGCCUCACCCCAGGAGAGACACUGUCUGUAGAACUCUAGGUCCCUGCAGCUUAGAGGCUAAGGCUAGGAGAGGUUGUCUACUCUGCUGGCUUUCUGCAGAAGGCACCAGGCAUGUCCCCUGCAGCUCCAAUCUCCUCUAAUCACUGUAAGCUGCCUUUGGUCUUGUUUUCUAGUUUCUAUAGAUGUCCACAGACCGCAUGUAACAGAGUGUACAGUGCACUUAAGGCUGUCAAGUCAAGGACUUGUUCUAGGAAGCAUAGGCCAAACAAUAUAGCCGGCCAGGUUCCAGAUGGGCAAACACUAAGCCCCAAGCACUAGGAAUACAUUUAGUCAGGCCCUGUGAGUCAGCCCCGGUGCCUCUGGUGAGUGCCAGGAGUAUGGGCUUACAAUUGAGUAGCCACAGGGCUGCUUCUGGGCCGGCUCACCUUAGCUCUGUAGCUAGGCAUUCUGACCCCUGGCUGCCCUAAUUGGAAGGUUCUGUUCCCCGAGACCUGGUAAGUGGGGUAAAGAUGGAUGCUGUUGAUGUUUCAAAUAUGAACCCUAGAUGUUUCUUUCCCUGUUAAUCUGAUGUGAAGGAAAAUGACAAGUAAAAAAAAUAAAUGUGUAAGACAUUGAA